AUGUACUCUCAAAGGCCUCUGUCGUAUGCUCCGACGCCGUAUAGCUAUACCCCAAACACAGCACUAUCGGCAACCAUCAGCUUAGACGAGGAGGUCAAACCGUUUUCCUCACCAGCAGAAAGAGAUCUAUACGAGUCACUGGCCGAAAUAUACAGUAUUAUCGUAACGUUGGACGGGUUGGAAAAGGCAUACAUCAAGGAUGCCGUUACAGAAUCGGAGUAUACGGAGAUGUGUGCUAGGCUGCUAAAGCAGUACAAGUCCAUUCUAAGUGAUGAUGCUGUUGCGGCCGAAUUUGUCGAUUUAGACACGUUCAAGCGUACUUGGGAGAUGGAAUGUCCACGCGCCACUGAGCGACUACGUAUCGGCCUUCCCGCUACUGUCGAACAACCUUCUCACUCACUCUCCCAUAAUACCACUGCAGGACCUUCGGCUUCAGGAAGCCUUAUACUCACUGCCACGGAAAACUUUAUAACGUUCCUCGACGCGCUGAAACUUAACAUGCUUUCCAAAGAUGCGCUUCAUCCCCUUUUAUCAGAAGUUAUCCAGUCGGUGAAUAAAGUAACGGAACACGACUUCGAAAACAGAGGGAAAAUAAUCCAAUGGCUCAUCACGCUGAAUCAAAUGAGGGCAACAGAAGAACUUAGCGAAGACCAGGCCAGGGAGUUGGCAUUCGAAAUGGAGCAGGCGUAUCAAGGCUUCAAGGCAACUCUGAACUGA